AUGUCCAGCCCGCCGUUCACGGUCAAAUCGGUCUUCGAGUACACUUCGGACCAUGAUGAUGACCUUAAUUUCCCAAUCGGCCAAAUCAUAACCGUUACUGCCGUGGAAGAUGCGGAGUGGUAUUUUGGCGAGUACACUAAUGACUCGGGGGUCAAGGUAGAAGGCAUCUUCCCGAAGAAUUUCGUCGAGAGGUAUGAACCACCUGCACCCCCGCGGCCGACACGCCCUAGCAGACCAAAGAAAGAAGCCACUGCUGCCGCUCCGUCCGAACCCGCUGCUGCGGAAACUCAUGCAGAACGCCUUCCUUCUCCGGGGCCAGCACCAGAGAGCGCCCCUUCGCUCGAACAGGAGCCCGUGCUCGAAACGCCCAGAUCGCCUCCGAUUACUGCGCAAGCGCCGGCGCCUGAGGUCUCUUCUCCGCCACAGCCAGUUCAAGCUCAAGCUCCAAUUCCGGCACCCCCGCCGGCCGCUCCCUCGGCCUCAAGUGAGCCGAAAGAGCCAGCCACCAAAUCGGCAUCUAAACCAGCACCUCCCCCGGUUGCAGAGAAACCUAGUGGGUCAUCAUUUAAGGACCGGAUUGCGGCUUUCAACAAACCCGCUGCGCCGCCUAUCGCGCCUUACAAGCCAGGAGGCUUCGGCGGCCAGAAUCCGACAUCGUUCAUCAAGAAACCGUUUGUUGCGCCACCCCCAAGUAAGAAUUCCUAUGUGCCUCCGCCUAGAGAGCCGCCUCCGAAGGUCUAUCGGCGGGAAGAGGAUACAGAAGUACAGGAGCGUGCUAUGCGCGAGCCUCCGGUUUCUGAGAGCAGACCUGCACCCACUGAAGCAACUGAGGAAGGGGUGGAAGGUCAGCCAAAGCCAACCAGCUUAAAGGAGCGAAUUGCUCUUUUGCAGAAGCAGCAAUUGGAGCAAGCGGCUCGCCAUGCUGAAGCAGCUCAGAAGAAGGAGAAGGCUAAGAGGCCCCCAAAGCAGCGUAUUGAAUCUCACGAGGACCGCACCGCCGUGGAAGAACAGGAGCAUGAAAGCUCUGGUGCAGCUCCGUCGGCGAGGGAUCACAGUGUCGAGACCGUGAAGCCUGGCCCUCUCCCUGAGGGACAGUUAGGAACGCCCCCGCCUGGACUAGAGCCGGCUAGUGAUGCUAACGACGCUGACUAUUCCGCCGCCGCUGAUACGGAAGAUGCGGAAGAGACUUCAACAAGCAAGGAGGACCUAGAAGAUCGUUCUGGGACCGAGACUCGUCAAGCACGGGAGCCUGAGAAACAGAGAGAGAGUAGCGACAAGCUUGAACCGGACGAGGGAGAUGAGAGUGACGAAGAAGAGGAAGAGGAAGAGAUUGACCCCGAAAUCAAGCGUAGGAUGGAGCUUAGGGAAAGAAUGGCGAAGAUGAGCGGUGGUAUGGGUAUGAUGGGGUUCUUUGGUCCUCCUGGUGGGAUUCCUGUUCCGGCCGCAGGACCUCGCAAGACGGAGAAAAAGUCGGAAGACUCAGAUCGGGCUGCUCCAGCAACUGCUCCACCAGUCCCCGUGAUGGCACUGCCGGGAAUGAACGCCGUUAGGCCAACAGCAGCUCCUCCAAGCGUAGAGAAGGAAGAGAAUGUGCCUCAGCCUGCUUCCGUGACCGAACAGCAUCCUCCUCAGGAAAUUCCUGAUGUAGAGGACGUCGUGGAGGAGGAUCCUUCUCGUCGCGCUCCUGAUGAGAGGCCUGCUGCACCUCAGGAGCGUCCAGUACCCCCGCGUCCGCCGAGAGAAACACGGCCAGCCCCGCCUCCAAUUCCUCAGGACCGGCCGCUCUCUCCACCGGCUGUUCCAGGUGAAUCUCGACCUGUCCCUCCUCCUCCGAAGACUCCCGCUACUGCUGAUCUCGGUGAGGAAUCGGACGACGAACUUUCUAUACGUGCGAAGGAUCUCUCUUUGAAUGCCGCCGAAGCGGAGGAGGAACGGCCUGCAGCUGCUCAGUCGGUUUCGGCUCCUCCCCUUCCUGACCAUCUCGAUUCGCGGCGUUCCUCAACCUACGAACCUACUUCUCCAAAGUCUCCUACUCUUCCCUCGGAGAAGAGAAUGAGUCGCCCGCCUCCGCCGAUCCCAACAAAUCCACCGAUGUCACCACAGUUCCAGGGCAGGGCUCCUCCCCCGCCACCUCCUGGCAACAUCCGCCGUAGAUCAACUGUGGAUAGCAGAGCAAGCGCAGUCUCGCAACCUCGCCAAGCUGGUGAAGACCUUGAAGGAGAAGUCACCGAGUAUGAUGGGGACUACGAUACGGAUAUCGCGUCUGGGGCCAAAUUCAAAGAUGCCUUGAAAUCUCAUGGCCGCGAUUCUAGUGUCGACGAAGGUACUAUAACCGAUGAUCAUUCUCUUCAGUCUCCACGAAGCCCUCAAGAGGCCCGCCUUCCUCCUCCGCCACCUCCUUCUGCGCCCAGAGCCGUUCCACCGCCGCCACCCAUUCAGCCACCGAAGAGCAGCGGAGGCGCUUCUCUUGAGUCUCCUAGAGGACCUCCGCCGCCGCCUCCUCACAGAGAGCUGUCUUUCGGAGGGGAAGAAGAAUAUGAUCCAUAUCGCUAUUCUGGCCCUCAGCAUGGUUUGCCCGCACCGAGAGCGCCACCUGUGCCUCUUGGCCGCCCAGAGUCACCCCCGGUGCCUCCUUCACAGGCUGCUGAACAAGACUCUGACGACAUGUACGACGCGUCUCCCUCGGAGACAUCAGCGGCUCCGCCGCUGGAAAAGAGAGCGUCUUUUGCGCCUCCUCCCACUCUGCCGCCUAGCGCGCCACCCCCGUCGGCGCCACGAAGUAAUCGUGCAUCCUUAGACAUUCCAAGGGGCCAGCCUAAUCUGCGGAGAUCUAUGGAUGUAUCUCGUCCGUCCAUUGAUCAAGGCUUCAUUGCUAUGGAUGUGGAUCUGGCGGAAGGCUCUCUCUGGUGGACACAGCCUAAUACCCCUCCGCCUGUUUUCCAAAAUCGGAAGGAUGUUCAUUUUGAAGUGGAGGAAUCCACGUCCACUAAGCGGGGCGGAAAGACCACGAUUUCCAAAGAUGUGUAUGUCCUAUUCAUGGACUAUUCGCAGACGGUGAUCUCAGUGGCAUUUGAUGCCCGAAAUCCUUCGGAUGUGUCCUUGGAGCAGCGUCACGAACCUCCGCCGCUGCAGCCGCGCCAGGACCAGCUUGAGAAGGCGCAUGCGCAGUUCGGUACACGUAUCUCAGAUGCUGUGAAUGCUAUUCAGAAUACAACUGUCUCAGAUGGUACCCCGUUUGGCUUGGUCCAGCAUCUGCUUAGUCCAUUGAAAGAUGCACUCCUCCCUGUCGGUACACGCGCCUAUGGUGCCUUGGUUUAUGCAAAUUUGGCCAAUGCAUCUGUGCAACAGAAUGACGAGAUCCGAGCUGGAGAUAUCGUCACUUUCCGCAACGCGCGGUUCCAAGGCCACCGAGGCACGAUGCACCAGAAAUACAAUGCUGAAGUCGGUAAACCGGAUCAUGUCGGUAUCGUCGUUGACUGGGAUGGUACCAAGAAGAAGAUCCGCGCAUGGGAACAAGGCAGAGAAAGCAAGAAGGUGAAGGUAGAGAGCUUCAAGCUCAAUGAUCUGCGAAGUGGGGAAUGCAAGGUGUGGCGAGUUAUGCCUCGAAGCUGGGUAGGCUGGGAGAGUUGA